AUGAGCAGCACUCAGGAACUUAGUACAGCUUGUGCAGAACAGACUGAAGAAGUUGUUUCUAGGAAGUUUUCUGCCUUAUUGGAGUCUUUUAGCAUGGUGUCAUGCUCCUUUGAGAUCCUUGCUGGAGAAAGCAUUCCUGAAUUUGUGGAAAAACCAUGUCCACUGACAACACCCGAGGGGGUUCCAAUUCAGUUUGUCAGCAAUCUCAAGAACACCCAAGUGAAAAAGAAGGGAAAAGCCUGUCUGGAGUGUGUGCUGACUUAUAAAGAUGUCAUCCUGAAGGGGAUGAAGAAUGGACAAAUGAUUGAGAUUGAGAUGAUGAAGCAUGAAGGGAAGAGAGCAGAGCUUACCAUUAAUGCUGCUGAGCUGAAUUCUCCUGUUAUUAGAGAAUCUGUCCUCAAGCUUUUUGCUGCACUCAGCAUUACUGUGAAGACUAAGCGUACCACAAGCAUCAAGGUGCCUUUCAAGGCAAAGCCAGUGCCGAAAGUCACAUGGUUCAAAGAUGGUAUUGAGGUGGCAGCAGAAGAGAAAGUGGUGAUGGAGAAAGACAGUGGCUGCAUUACAAUCGAAACCUGUGUGAGAGAAGACAGUGGAGCCAUUAUGCUGAAUCUGAAAAAUCGCUGUGGCUCAGCUUCUGACAAUCCUUACCUCAACUUUGUUGACAAACCAAAACCCCCACAGGGGGAAGCAGAGUUCCUGCAAACAAGGGGGAAAUGUAAAAUCAGAUGGAGAGCACCCAAAGGCAGUGGAGGAAAGCAGGUGACUCGCCUUGUCAUCCAGAGGAGGGUAGCUGCAGAAAAAAAUUACAUCAAAAUAGCGGUGGUGGAGAGCAACUGCACCACAUUUGCUAUGGAGAAGGUGGAGGAAGGGAAAGCCUACUAAUUCAGAAUAUGUGCCGUCAGCUCUGCGGGCCUCAUUGAGCCCCUGGAAACAGAAGAAAUUUUUGCUGGAGAAUGUAGCCUCUUGAGACAGGUGUGUCAGUCUCAAGUUGUAAAUGUCAGGAAAGAAGCUGUCACCAUCACCUGGAACUCCCCAGCCCAGGAUGAAGGCUCCCCAGUGCAAAGUUACAUCAUAGAAAAAAGGAAGAAGGGCAGCAAUCUUUGUGUCCCGGUCACCAAGGAGCCAGUCUGA